CACUGUUCCAAUGUGCCUUCCACAGCUUCCAUUUGUUUAGCAUCGAAUCCGGAGGUAGUUGAAGCGACCGCCUUGUCGAGCUGCUUUUGCAAGUGCUUGCGGAGUUUGAUGGCGUGGCUAUGGAAGCAGCGGUUAGAUAUUGAACAUAGACUUGGAGGAUUGUUGUUUUUUGGUAACAUAUACUCGCUACAGCAUAUCGUUAUGUGUCUCUCCUAUAGGUAGAACUUACUGCCAUGCUUGCGCUGCAGGAGACGAAGUAGCCAUUGCGACAAGAUCUGGCGCUUAACGGAGGGAUAUGUCCUUGCAGCUAGAGAAGCUGCCUAAGCGACAAUAAUAGACGGAUAUCAGCGACAGUGUCGAAUCAUAAUCUCUGAAGUUCAAUAUGCCUCGAAGCCUGGCAUUUCAAAAGGCGUUUGUUCAGCUGCAGUGGCUGCGAGGUAGUCGUUGGGGCGAGGAUCGUGGCAGGCCAGCGAAGCAGCGACACAUUGGCAAAGGUGACAGGAGCGUAUGUGCGAGAGCGGGCUGGCAGACAGGUGAGUGGCAAGUGAUCUGACAAGCAGUUAUUGUCCUCGGCUGGUCAGUCUGGCGUGUUGGUGGGCGGUUGAAGGUAGCGCGUGCGCAAGUGGUGAGCGGCGGGUGAAGCGAGCCCCUCUAGGGAACCUAGUGAAGAAAUUCUAGUGCCUGUUUGCCAAUGAGUCAGCUGGCCGGUGGCGGUUUGGCCAGCAGAGAGCGGCGGCUGUAGUCGGGUGCGACACUGUUUUUAAAGAGAAAAUAUAUUAUUUCAAGAAUGAAAUAUAUUUCACGCUAACAAGAUGUGGUAUUGCAGAAACAGAAAAUACACCUCACCUCUGUGAAGAAGAGAAAAAAAAGAAAAGCAUACUCUAUAUAUGCAGACAUGCCAAACACUCGUCCCCCACUUACACCAGGCAUCACCGCAAAAGCUGGGCUACCACUCAACCCGACAGCUCCACGCAAUCCCGCCAAAACACUAAAGCAACCACUAAGCCGGUCUUGUUGCAAGCAAAAGACCCAUAUCGCCUUUCACUAUAUUCAAGCCCGCUUUUCAACUUCAUCUGCCUCGGGAAGCCAGGCUCUGGCUCUGCCUAAACCAAAAAUCUAGUUCAAGACGACUCAGACGACGGCGCGGACAGCAUCGAGCCGCAACCGACCGUCUCUUCCGAUUCACAACGCGCAGCAAAGAUUGUUGGGCUUGAUUCUGCCAUCGACGACUCAGAAGCCGCGGCUAUCGUCAUGCGUUGCUCCUUACCGCCUCAUAAAGAACCCCUCGCCUUUCGCACAUAUCCAGAAUACGAAGCGCAUUACCACAGCUUUCACUUAAACCGCUGCAUUGAAUGCCGCAAGAACUUUCCCAGUAAUCACCUUUUAGGGGUUCAUAUAGAGGAGUGUCACGAUCCUCUUGUACGAGUGAAGAGAGAGCAAGGAGAACGUACAUUCUCGUGUUUUGUGGAGGGAUGCGAUCGCAAAUGUUCGACUCACCAAAAGCGGCGAAUGCAUCUUAUAGAUAAACACAUGUACCCGAAAAAUUACUUCUUUGGCGUUACAAAGGACGGAAUCGACGGCCGCCGGUCGUUGAUCAACGAUGGAGGUCACCGCCGGCGGCGUUCCUCAGCAGCAUCACAAACUGGGGCCAAGACACGACCUAAUGAAACCCAAUCAGCUGCCUCGAAGAAUUCCUUGAAGCCUCAAGAUCUACCUGAGGAAGAAUCUACUGAAAAAAUGAGCAUUGAUCCAGAAGUGGAGGAUAUCACAGGUGCCAUGUCGGCUUUGAACUUUGUUCCUCCAAGCGUUCGAUUUGGGCGCGGGCGUGCCGGAUUCGCCAAAUCAUGAGAAGCACGAGACAUGAUUGAAGACGUAAUGAAUGAAUGACCAAAUGAAUGAGUAUAAAAUAGAAUAUAUUACUUUUUGGAUAUAGCCAAUCCUUUGCCGUUUCAUAAGUCGCUAGCCAAAAUAAAGAAACAAAUCACCGAACGCCAUCUCAUAUGCAUUAUCCUGUCCCGAUAUGCUUUGUAAUACAUGUCGCCCUUAAUCGCCAGUGGCACAUCCUCUGCAGCCGCAGCUUACACAUUCUAGGUCGUGGUCGUCUUUAAAGUCGGCUCGAGGCACGCGACAAACGCAAGUACUGCUAAAGUUGGUCUCCUUGGUCUGAACACAGCGAAGGCAGCAGAGCUAAAGACAUAGGGUUAGUAUUCAUUAUCCAGAUUAUAGUUGUACGAUAGCCUAGCGUACCUUUUCAUAACCCGACUUCUUCCACUUGGCAAUGAGCAUCGCAUCGGCGUAACCAUUCUUCAGCAGCCACUCGUAGAGCUUCUUGCUGAUGGCUUCCUUUUCGUAAUAUAAAUCGUAGAUGUAGCGGCUGCGCUGAUGUGUAAUCUGGAAGAUCUCCCAUUGCGCCUUGUGUUUCGGCCCUGGGGGUGGCGGCUUGUUCUGGGCAUCCUUCAUCUUGUUCGCAAAGAUCAAUAAAUCGUCUUCGAUGUCGCUGAAGCCUUCAGGUGGCGGCUUGCGCUUGGAGGCAUGUCGAAUAGCAGGCAUGAUGCACGCUUCAGCUGAAAAUGGCGCGGUGUAGCUGAAAGAAUUGUUCUCUUCGCUUCGCAAGGGUGGAAAAACAAGUCGAUGGUUGGAACAAGGAGGGAAAAUAUUCUUGGACGCGAGGCAAGAAAUGUUUCGA